AUGAGAAGAAACGCCCUCUUUUUAUAUCCUUUGGCGAACCUUCGAUUUGUGACCCUGUUUUUGACCGCCAAUGCACCUCAUUGGCUUGAUUCUCGCAACAAAACUCGCGAAAUUCAACACCUCACACUUCUUUCGCGUAAGCGAUCCAAAGAGGGGACUGCGCCAUGUCAUUCAUGCUGCCAUCAGCAUCCCAUGUGAACCACAGUCACUCUAUAAUUUGCAGUAAAGCCUAUGGU